GAGGGAGGAGCUGGCUGGGAGGCUCCGCUCUACUCCCUUGGUGAUGGUGCUAGCGAGGGUGGCACUUCAGCCCGCGUACCGGGACACAAAUGUGAACGGAACGCUUCGUCCACCAGAUCGUUUGAACUCUCAUUUUGGGAACGUCCAACUUUUUUAUUUAACACUCCAUGGAAUGCUGACGAUUUGUGGUGGAGCAUUGAGGGUCGUUUUGGGGAAACGCUGGCGCUUUUGUGGACCCGCCGCCGGAGGCUAGUCUGGAUGCUGGAGCUCGCCUGCGAGCACCCCGGCCGUGUAUGUCGUCUUUUUCCUCGGAUUUGCCUUCGAGGUUCUUCGACGGCCAACUCCACACUCAACCAUCUCAACUUCUAAAAUGGUGUGUUUCACCUUGUCCUCUGCUCGGUUUAAACAUGGAUAAGACAGGGAGGAGCAGCGACGACGUGACAACAAUCAGACACGACGAUCGGCGUUACUUUCCCUCGUGGCGGCUCUUCUAGCCUGGGAUUCUCUCGAUAAGGGCAUUUAAAAGAGCAAUUGAUGCAUCUUGGAGUGUCCGAGUCAAUGAGAGAGUGCGAGUACAGCCAAAUAAGCACUCGCAGCUCCACUCCAAUGGAGACCCCUUUCAAGAAGAAGACCCCCAAAAAGAGGAAGUGGGAAUCCUUCCCUGGUCGGAAUAAAUUUUACUGCGAUGGGAGGAUAAUGAUGGCCAAGCAGACAGGGGUUUUCUACCUCACCCUUGUCCUUAUUCUUGUCACUUGUGGACUUUUCUUCACCUUUGAUUGCCCAUUCCUGUCUGAGCAUUUGACGCCGGUUAUCCCAGUGAUCGGAGGAGUGCUUUUUGUCUUUGUGCUGGGAACACUGCUGAGAACCAGCUUCAGUGACCCAGGGGUGCUGCCUCGGGCCACUCCAGAUGAAGCAGCCGACCUGGAGAGGCAAAUAGAUGUGGCGAAUGGCAGCACAGGCUACAGGCCACCACCCAGGACUAAGGAGGUCGUCAUCAAUGGCCAAACUGUCAAGCUGAAGUACUGUUUCACUUGCAAAAUCUUCAGACCUCCACGUGCCUCUCACUGCAGCCUCUGCGAUAAUUGUGUGGAGCGUUUUGACCACCACUGUCCCUGGGUGGGGAACUGCGUGGGAAGGAGGAACUACCGCUUCUUCUACAUGUUCAUCCUUUCGCUGUCCUUCCUCACCAUAUUCAUCUUUGCCUUUGUUAUUACACACAUCAUUUUACGUAGCUCUCAUCGAGGUGGAUUCCUCAAUGCCCUUAAAGCUAGCCCAGCCAGCGUGUUGGAGGUGGUGGUGUGUUUCUUUUCUGUGUGGUCUAUCGUUGGCCUUUCAGGCUUCCAUACGUAUCUUAUCAGCUCCAACCAGACCACCAAUGAAGACAUAAAAGGUUCAUGGUCUUCUAAAAGAGGGAAGGACAACUAUAAUCCAUACAGCCAUGGCAACAUAGUCACCAAUUGCUGUGCAGCGCUGUGUGGCCCUCUGCCACCGAGUCUCAUUGACCGACGUGGCUUCAUCCAGCUGGACACGCCACAGCUGGCACCGCCAACCAAUGGCAUCACUGUGUACGGUUCCACACAGUCUCAACAGAGCCACAUGUGUGACCAAGACCAGUGCAUUCAGAGCACUAAAUUCGUUUUGCAGGCCGCUGCCACGCCUCUCCUCCAGCAGCAGAGCAGCGAGCCAGUCAUCAUGACGGCCUCCCCGGAAAACGGAGUAUCCCUCCCGAGCCGCACCUCACUCGGGCUGGGUGGUCCUUGCGCUUCACUGCCCCUCGGACAGCCCACGCCACCGACUUCCACGGCCAGCCUUAGCUGCCAGGAGGCCACCAACAUGCUGCCCAUUCACACACGCGGCCACUCGCACAACCACAGUCGCCCCCUCCAGGAGCAGGUUGCACAUCACCACUUUCUCACACCAGAGGACAUACCCUCACCCCCAGGUUUGCUUCCCUGCAACAGCCCCCUGGGUCACAGCCACACUGUGCAGGCCGGCUUUUACAAUCCGGCCAGCCAGGACUCGCUGCACGAGGAUUCUGUCAGAGGACUGGUCAAACUCAGCUCUGUCUGAUCACAAAACUGAAACUACCCCAAAAACGUGCCACUUUCUGACAAGGGAGCACUCACGAUGGAUUUCAGGUUCCCACCAAUGCCAUGGUUGGAAGUCAGAACCUGAUGAGGGACCUGGACACCACCUAAGUGGGACCAAGCCACUUCAGUCGACAUCUUGCCAAACCUCUCUGCUGUGUUGCCACACUUGACUCUCUCUGUACGUGGGAAAUCUUUCCCUCCUCUGAUGUGCGCAAGGGUUUGCUUUCCAAAGUGGUUUUGUCUGUUAGACGCAGACAUUUCAAGCAAAAAAAAAAAAAGGGACAGUUUUGAGGGGUCUUGACAUUUUUGGUCAAAAAUCUGAAUUUCUGUCGGUCUCACUGUUCGUUGGGGGUUUUUUUUCCCCAUGAGAUUGUCUUAAGUUUGGUUUAUGUUUGACACAUUUGUGAGGUCCACACAGUGAAAUUACAUCAGCAACCACAGUUCUGCUUGCAGGUGCACCAACAAAAAUUUGUAACCUCGUAGAUGGUUCUCCACCGGAAAACAUGGCGGAUGAACAAGAGCUGUUCACAGUACUCUUGACAUUCUGCCUCUGUUUCAUUCUUUUUUUUUUAAAUUAUGUAUAUGGUUCCCCCUUAUACAUAUUUUUACACUUAUAUUUUUUUUAUUGUUCCUGUAAAUUUUAUUUAAAAUAAUAAGAAUAUUAUUUCUUCUAUUGUGGUGAAGUGUUCUUCAUAUGCCAUAGAUGCUCUUCACUGCCCCCUUUGGUGUAGGAGAAUAUCGACUAACAGUAGGGUCAAGCCACACAGAGUAUAAAUGCUGCAAAAGUCGGGGGCUUGAUUUCACACGUCUCAUUUUGCACAAAACGUACACACGUCAAGCAUAAACCAAACUUUACACCUAUUUGCCUGUUGUUAAUUGGACAGCAAUUUUUUGUACACUCAGCGGUGACAAUGGUUGAUGUCACUCUAUUGCAUAUCAUUCAACUUUUUUAUGUCUGGAGUGUAAUGACAGUUGUAUUGUACCGAGGUUAUCAAAAAAAAAAAUUCCUGUGGAUAUAAAUAAAAUCACUUUUUACCAGAUGCCAAACUGUUGAAGUUCCUAACCUGUGCAGUGAGAACUUGAAAUUAAUGCUUUGUUGUGAACCAAUUAGUGUGAUGAUGGGCACACGUCAUGGAGGGCCUUCUCCCUUCAAUAAUCCAUCAUUAUUCAGUCUCACUAUUUCCGUUUACUGAACCAGUUGUCUAUUAGAGUGUAGUACACGUCUGACACCUUGUGGUUGAAUGCACGAGGUGCAAUUUGGCUUUGUACUAGUAUUUGAAUAAAGUCCCACACAAAUCUUAUUUUGUAAAAAUUGGUGCGUCCAUAACGUAAAAAAACGCAUUUACUGUUUAAAUCUUUGCUCAUAAAUUUUUUUAUCAAAUCCGUAUUAAUAUUACAUAUGGUCCCCUUUGCAGCAGUGGAAAGAAAUAAGACAUUUUUUAUUACUGCUUUGUACAAAGGUGAUCAACCAUGUGUGAAUGUGAACUGUGACGAACAUUGUUCCCUUUUUAUUGAAGUAUUAAAUCAACCCAAGGUCUUGCAAAUAAGGAACCAACUAUUACUCCACAUCUUUGUUUUCUUUGCUCAACAAUAGACAUCUUGAACGAAAACGCAACAAUACUUGCUAAAAACAGUUCGGCGAGUCAGCCCGAAAAUCGAGACUUGAGAAGGAAUCAGAUUAGAAUCAGAUAAGCCUGCAGUCUGAACACAUCUUAAAAGACUGAAGUCACAUCAACACAACUUCUAAAAUAAAUGUGUGUGAUGAAACUCAAGUAAAGCAACUGUCUAGAUCACCACAGUUUGACAUCCAUAAGCUCCAGGUCUCCCAUUAUCUCCAGCAGGUCGAUGGUGCUCAGGUCCUGAACCCGGUGUUUAAACUCAAACAAGUGCAAGCCGUUCACCGCCAGCUUGAACUGAUGUGCCUGGCAGAGGAGGAGAAUCUGUCAACAAAAGAAACAUUUGUCAAGCCUUUUAUUUUUCAAGAAAUACAACAGUGUAGUUUACCUCAAAAUACUCUCCAGGAGAAAAAGGGAAAAAGACCAACUCCCUCUCCUCCUGACCCCAGGAUUCAUUCAGGUAUGAGUUCCUGAUGAAUGUGCUGGAUUUCAUGCGAGGGUUCAGGUGAAGAGCAAUGCUCUCUGUUCUGCUGUUGCAGAGGUUCACUGUAACACUGCAAGACAUUUAGAGCAGAGCUUUACGCAAUUGGUCAGCAGCAGCAGCAGACCAUUUUGCCUUUUCUGACAAAGAUUGACAACAUGCAGUGUUACCUGUGAGGAUACAUGCUGAUCUGUCCUUUGAUGGUUAUGUGCUGCCCAGGGCUCAGGCCUUUUAGUAUACUGCCUUUGUAAGGGAGGCUCUAAGGGCAGUCGGACAACAAUUGCUUGCUUGACAGCAGCAUGCAUACAAACAUAAUCAAGCCAAAAACUCUUGUACCGUAUUUUUCGCACUGUCGCUUCAUAGUGUAAAUCUCAUUUUGGGGGGGGAAAUUAUUUUACACAAACCAAGAAGAGUAGAGCUCCGACUCAUACCCAAAAUCCCCGUUCCCGAAUAGUGGGUGCAUACAGAAAUGUACUUGGCGGCAAGCUAAACUAGCAAUAGCUCACGCUCAUUCAUUGCCAUGACUACUACUUAUUUUUUUUCCCUCCUUUGACUGUCGUUUGGCAGUUACCAAAUACUUUAAACAAUUAAGGAAUGAGGGUUUUGGGUGCCAGUCUUAGCUCUAAUUUGAAUACACACAAGUUGUAGUUGAGUGAAAGAGCAAACCACAAAAAAGAAAGUGUGACUUAGAGUCCGAAAAAUACGGUAAUUGUGAAGUAGUACAAAAGGGAGUGUCUUUUCCUGUGUUUUGGAAUAGUUCAUUUCUGUAAAGUGUUAAGAGCUUCAACUUUCAGUAGCAAUUGUGAGCAGUCAGGGAAAAGUAAGUCUUUGGCACUAAGAGAAAAACUCACCAAGUCACUAGACUCUGAGUAUAUUGCCUAAAAGUGACAAAAAAAAAAUUAGUCACAUUAAAGGGAAAGUGAGGUUCUCCAAUGACAAAAACAAACUUACAGAGUUUGGGAUGUAGCCUAUAGCCUGCACUUGGACCUUCCCAGACACAGAAAAUGUGUUGAUCCUAUUUAGUGGGAUUCUAUGUUUGUAUUCCAGGAGGUGAGCUCCGUUUACUGCUACCUGUUGGUAAAACAACAAAAAAAGCCAUCUCAAAGCAAAAAAAGUGUGCUACAUUGAGGAACAUUUGAUAAGCCUAUCUGUAUCAUGGUUGAAGCUGUCCCUAUUUCUGGCAUCUCUGACCUUGAAAGUGUCCUUGUGCACCAGGAUGAUGGUUUCGAACGGGGCCCCGCGUUUAUAGGGCAGCUGUUGCAGGGUCUCCUCUUGGCCCCAGCUCUCCUGCAGCAGGGAGUUGCAUCGCACGCAGGGCGAGCCCUUGAAGUGAGCGCUGAAGUGCAAGGCCACGUCAGAAGGCGGCUUGGUACUGCCGCCACAGGAUAGGUCAAUCUGGAACCUCAAGAGACCAUGCACGCCAAGGCAUUACACAUCUAAGAUAUUAUAUAUUAUUUAGAUAUUUACACAUGGUUUGUCUUGGUCUAGUUUUUUUUUUUGGAUCACAAAAUAUGGCAUCUGAACAGGACUGUGCUGACCUUUGACAUUCACUAUUUUUGUGUACAUACUGAGUGAAGAUUCUUUCAGUUCCUCAGACUGUCGAGGACUUAGCUACUGUACUACACAUUUCUGUGACGUCUGUCACAGGCAGAACAAUUAAAUGCUCACCCACUAGAUGGCAGAAGUUAGUUAAUCUGUGUAACCACCGGAGACAUUUUUGUUUCAUAGUGUGCCUUGAAAUGGUUGUGUUUGCUUCAACGCUUGGCUAUUGAAACAAUUGAUUUGAGUUUGUGUGUGUGCAUCUAAAUGCACCUGUUGUGUUUGUCACAGCUCACCUGUCAGCAUUUGAUAGUACAGUGCCCUGAAUGAUGAUGGUCUCUCCAGGGUGCAGGCCUCCAGGAAUAGAUCCUGUAUAUGGGAUCACCUGAGGUAGACAGGUUAGACCACUUAAUAUUGGGGAAAUAACAAAAUACACAGCUAUUAGCGUUAUUGGCAACAAGACUAGUAUGUAUCUGCGUCUAGUGAAUCUUAAAGCAAACACUUCCCACUUAUCAUAUUUGAUCUAAUAUCUGGUAGCCGUACUGGGACAUAAACUUGCAACAAUAACAAUAAUAUAGGCAUUACGCAUCUCACCGGCUUCAGGACACUUAGCUUCGCGUUUGCCACCGACAUUGAGCUUCCUGUGUCGGUCUGCAAACAACUGCUUCAAGACAAAACAAUGGAGCGAAUUAAGUUAUGCGAUCAAAAUCACCCCUUAUCUCACCCAGCGCUAAAUUGAGAUCACAGUCGUGCAAAUUGACGCCAUGCAAGCUUCCAGAGACACGCAUGCGCACAUCUGACACGUGACCGGAAGCGCUUGUUAAAACAACAAAAUCUGUGUGGAACAGCAGUCAACUAGAAGUGUGAUUUGAAAGACACAAUUGAAUCGAAUUGUUGAAAUGGCACUCAUUCUAAAGGAAGCCAAACUGGGACCACCCAGCUCGCCCCUUGCCCCCCCCUGUUGCGACACCACAUUGACAGUCCUCCGAGCCAAUGAGCUUUGUCUGGUGUUUCUGACCAAUUGGAUUCGCUAGCCAUACCGUUAUAAAUGCCUGGCAAGGCAGCUCGUGUUUAAUGUGAACAUUUCAGGUCAAGACAAGGCGUUUUUCCAGCCCUGAAAACAACACAAAGAAAAUGGGAUUGCUUUCAGCACUGGCUGUUGCUGCAGGCGUAGCGGGUGCAGCAGGAGGAGCUAUUAUUUUUGCUCCCAUUGCUGUUGCCACUAUUGGCUACACAGCUGCAGUGGGCGUCACUGCUGUGGUCAACGCUGGAGUAGCGACAGGCACAGCAGCAGCAGCAGGUUCAGCAGCCGCUGCAAGCGCUCCUGUCGCAGGCUUUGUGAUGGCUCUCUUCUGAAUCCUUAACACCUAAAACUUGUCCACUACUUCAAAGAAUACAGUAUAUGUUACAAACUCAGUGCCAUGUGGUGCUGAAAUGCACACUUAAAUUUAUGAUAGAUUUGUGUUAAAGUAAUUGCCAAGAGAAUGUUGAAGAUUGUUUUCCUUGCAUUUCAAUUUGACUAAAUAAAUGGCUUCCUAAGUU